UGGCAAUGGAAGGAAAGCGAGGCCAGGGGGCAUGGGGUGGAAGGGGCGGCGGGCAGUCCACGGGAGGAGCGCAGAAAAUGCAGACCGAAGGACGAGGAAUGAGUCCGGCUGCCUACCAGGGACAGCAGCAAGCCAACGGAAUCCCGAAGCCUUUCAACAGCAAAACAGCUCCUGUUGCCACGCAGAGGAAGGAUGGAACUCCUGGACGCAGGAAGGAAGGAGGUUUCGUGGAAGAGCUGUAUACCACAAAACUUGAUCCUGAGAAGCUGUCCGAAGAGCAAAAGCGACGGGCUGAAAAGCUUGCAGCUGAAAUCGAAGAAGAAAGGUACAGAAAAGCUGCUGGGAGAGGGCGGUCAGCUCGAGGCGAGUACGAGGAUGAAGAACCGCCUUCACCCAACGUCGGUGGUGUCGACGUGGGACCCCCCGCCUCAACUUCAUCAUCCUUCCCUGCACUGUCCGAGCCUCGUGCACAAG